AUGAAUAGCAAGUCUUUCUCUGUUGAAACCGCUUUCGAUUCUGUGGUCGCAAACAGCCAGAAAUACAUCAUUAACAUAAAUACCCUCAGAGAGGGGAGCAAGUUCGACGCCAACGAGGAGGAGGCGCGGGCGGAGAGGAAGCGACGCCAGAGACUCGCGCAAGAGGAAUUUCGACAGAAGCAACUUCUCAAGCAGAAAUCUGGUCUAGAUGAGCGCCAAACGCUCUCAAAAGACAACAGCAGCCUGGACACUUUGCUGAUGGCAAUACCGACUCAGGAUAUAAUUAUUGAGGAAACUGGUAACACUGAAGAGGCGGGGAAGCGGAAGUCUCCCUCGCGUGACGGUGGCUCCUCCAAGCGGCGGGGCAGUAUUGCAGACAAACUUGAAAUAGUUUCAGAUUAA